UUACAUUCUCCAGUUUUUCACAAUACCACAAGAAAAAAAAUGGGAGCAGCAACGAGGGUUUGGAUGAGCACUUUGGUGGUGGUGAUGGCGGUGCUGGUGUUUGGACUUGGGGACUGCGCGGCGCCGGCUCCUUCGGUGGACUGCUCGAGCCUGAUCUUGAACAUGGCGGACUGCUUGUCGUUUGUGUCGAAUGGGAGCACGGAAACGAAGCCGGCAGGGACUUGCUGCAAUGGCCUCAAGACUGUGCUCAAAGCCGACGCCUCCUGCCGCCUCUGUGAGGCCUUCAAGAGCAGUGCUCAGCUCGGCGUCGUUUUGAACAUCACCAAGGGCUGCUUUUGCAUCUCCCUCCCCAAAUUCCCAAAUCAAAACUCCCAAAAUCCACGAUCAGAAGAGUUGGAUUUUAAUCCAAAUUCCCAAUCAUCCGCUGAGAAAAGAUGCCGCAGAGGCACUCGAAGAACGACAACGACCUCGCUUUCUUCACCUACGACGAGAAGAAGAAGCUCGGCUAUGGAACCCAGAGGGAGCGGUUGGGCAGGGACUCCAUCAAGCCCUUCGACGCCUGCUGCCUCUGCCUGAAACCCUUCAUCGACCCCUGCGACAACCUCUUCG